AUGGAUUAUUUUACCGAAUCCCACCAACUGCUGCAGAAUGGUCUUGAAGAAGAGAGUUACUCGAUGUGUAAAUCAAUCAUAUUUCCAAAACCUCCAGUUGACCAGAAACCAUCCUAUCAAAAGGAAUCAAUGCAGUGUGCUAUUGGCUCGGACCAAUCCAUUUUUGAUUUGGAUUCUCAAGAAAUAGCCAAAUAUGAUGUCGAUGGUAGCGGAUAUUUAUCCCCAAAGCUACAAACCAAAUUCGUCAAGCCCCAACUGAACUACACAGAGCAUACUUUCAAACUGCAAAGAUGCAACGUGCAAGAAGUUCCAUUUGCUUUCGAGUUUAUAGUUCAAAAUCAGUCCAUCCAGAUGAAUCGCUGUCAUUAUUUUGCACCAGCACCAACUCUUGAAAAAGUAAACUCAAAGCCCACACAGCUACAAGAAAUGCUGCAAGUUGUACCAACGACAAAUCUAAGUGACCAAAAAAUUAAAUGCUUCCUCUGCGACAGGGAAUUCACUCGUUCCUGCUAUUUGACCCAGCACAUUAAUGCUCUUCAUAGUGGAAAUAAACCUUUUCGAUGUGCCAUAUGUGGGAAAAAAUUUGCGAGAGAUUUCGACAGAGAAGAACACCAGAAGAGACAUAACGGCAUAAAGCGUUUCCAGUGUGAUCAGUGUCCCAAGACAUUCAAUUAUAAGAUGGACCUAACCCGACAUAAUGUUCUACAUACCGGGAAAAAAUUACAUAAAUGCCAGGUUUGUGAUAAAUAUUUUAUCAGAAGAGAUCAAAUGGUUAAGCAUUUAUCGACACAUAAUAAAUAA